AUGGACGAGGAAACGCACAAGUUAUUUCACAGAGUUGCUAAAAAGAUGGGGUGGACUGAUGAUGGACUGGACACGGCAGAAGAAAAGCUGGUAAAGAGUAUUGGCAAGGCUCGCCAUCCUGCCACAAGUGGUCACAGAUUUGUGGGGGCAGCAGACUUGGCUUCACCUGUCCAGCUUCACCUGUCUGAGAGUGAAGAUGACCCAGAGAAGGAGAACCAAUAUAAGGGCAAUGAGUACAGAAACAAAGCUGUGGAGUCCAGUGAUGACGACUCUGACCAGUUUCUUGUGCAGAGGGCUACACCCAAUAUCAAAGCUAUCUUACAGAAGCCAUGUAGUGCUGCAGAGAAAGACAGUACAUAUGUCGUGGUGAGCUCAGACAGUGAUGGCAGCUUCGAAACAUUCCUGAACCGUGUGAAAACGCCAAAUGCCAGACCUAAGAAAAUAUCGGAGAGUGGCAGUGAAGACAGCCUCAAAAACUUCAUAGUGAAUGACUCAUCUGAUGAUGACUUUAUCAAGAUGAAAUCAUCUUCUAGAGUUUCUAAGAAAACUAAGACCCCAACAGCCCAGCACCCAGUGAGAAGACCACUGGCUCAGUGUGAUUACCCAGUCUUUGUUAGUGACAGUGACAGUGACGGUGAUAUAGUGAUUAAGAGCACUUGGAAGGCUCGUCACUCAAGGCCCCAGCUCCCCCAAAAGGCUAACAAGACUAUUGCUCAAAACUGUGACCAAAAAGUCAACUCACCAUGUGAGGCUUUGCCUCCUCUCCCAUCUCCCGCUCCACUCCCCGCCCUCAAAACAAUCCCGGCCUCUUUCUCUACUCCUGCUUCCCCUAAACGCAUUCACUCAGCUCCUUCUAAGCUGAAUGACUCCAGUUCUGAGGAGGAGUUCAUUUCCCUACUGGACAGACUGAAAAAGAAAAACAAACUUCUUGGCAAUUCACCUUCACCUGCCAACAUCAGAGAAUGCAACAUGAAGCCCCCUGUGUCAGUUCCUCCUGUAAAGGGACUGAAAGCCCCGGCGUCUAGAUCAUUAGAUCAUACGCCAGAGGAUAUGAAGACCCCGGGAAAGCCCAAGAUCUCUAAACCCACAGUCAGUCAGACGGAGCCCAGACCGGGCCCUAGCAGCAGAAUAGCGGUGUGUAAAACACCAGGCUGCUUUUUGCAGUCCUUGUCAGCCCCCAGCUCCAGCCACAACUUCAAGCAGAACAAGGAGGAACUCACCAGCAAGCUCUACAAGCUGUACAACACCAGUGUUUUUGACAGCAAGCUCCCCACCAGUAUGUCACUGACCUGGAAUAAGAAGAUGAGGAAGACCGCUGGCUUCUGUAUCACUGGGCAGGAACGAGGGGGAGGAAACCGUUACGCCCGCAUUGAACUGUCAGACAAAGUGUGUGACUCUGCAGAUCGUCUCAGAGACACACUGAUCCAUGAGAUGUGCCAUGCUGCUACCUGGCUGAUUAACGGCGUAAGGGACGGACACGGCAGCUUCUGGAAACUUUACGCUCGCAAGGCCACUCUCGCACAUCCUGAGCUGCCCAUGGUCACUCGCUGCCACAGCUACGACAUCAAGUACAAGUACCAGUACCAGUGCACUCGUUGCCAGAACACAAUCGGACGUCACUCCAAGUCACUUGACACACAGAGGUUCGCUUGUGCCCUCUGCACAGGACAGCUUGUCUUACUCACCCCUUCCAAGCCACGCGCUCCCACACCUUUUGCCAACUUUGUCAAGGAGAAUUAUGGGAAUGUACGACAGGAGCUGGUGGGACAGAGUCAUGCAGAAGUGAUGCGUAAACUCAGUGCAGACUUUGCCGCCAAGACUAAACUGAGUCAGAGCUGAGAUCACGGUGAAAAUAUUACUCAAAGCAAAGGAACCACAGGGAAUUUGUUAUCAUUCUUAAUACCUCACUUAAUUAGUCUUCAAUCAGCGAGCAGCUAUAAGUGGUUUACUUUAGGUAACUGGAGCUUUUUAUAACUUGUCAUUUUAAUCAUAUACUGUGUUGGCUGUAAAUGCCAAAAUGGAGCCACACCGAUAAAUCAAAGUUGCUAUUACUGAGCCUAUGUACAGUAGAUAUUUAUUUUGGUCAAAAUAUGAAAUUGAUAACAUUUCUUUGUUGGUGUCAUGCAUGCAAUUCUGUUUGCUGAGAAAUUAGUGUUUGGUUUUCCCAGGUUAAAUGUGUGUUUCAUAUUUGUGUCUUGAUGUGACUUUUUUUUUCUCCUUAUGAAUUCUUUGAAUAAAGGUUGAAUCUGUUACUGUUGGUGCCCUAUUCAGGUAUAAAAACCUGUGAAAUCUCACGUAGUGCAGGCUUGCAGCACUGCAUAUGAACAGUUUUGAUACAUGUAAUAAAAACAUUUAAGUUUUAAAGCAUUAAAUAAUUUUGCUACACCUUU